AUGUCUCUUGCCGGUACUGGCUCGGGAGGUGUGCCUCUUGGAGGCUCUUCUAUGACGAUCAAAGGGUCCGCCAGCGACGUUGCUGCAAGGGAGAACGGCCGCUCCGCACGCGUCUCUUCAACAUCAGGCAAGGAUGACACGAUGAAAGCUGCUAAAGAGCGUGCAACCUCACAGAAGCGAGCUGCAUCUGUAGGAGGUGCUGAGCUCGACACACUGCUGAAGGAGUCCAACAACAAAGCGAAUGCCACGAUUGCAGCAACAAGCAGGCGCAACGCACCAGCACCGCGGAAGAGUGCCAUUCGACAGGUUCCUCAGGUCUUCCUCAGCCCCACGGGUCUUGUCCCCAGUCCAGAGUCCAGAAAAGGUCUUUCCGUGCCUUCACUUACAGAGCAGAUCGCUCAAGUCGGCAAAUCGGCACCAGAGAUCGCAUCGUCCAGCAAAGCGAGUCGUUCUUCUCUGCCCAACGUCGAAGUUGCAGAACGCAACAGCAGCUUCGCUUCAGGCUCAGCUACAGCCAGGGAUCGAGACUCGAUCCAUGGCGCCAGCUUUGGCUCGCUUGCAGGUGCCGCUACCAGUAUCAUCGCAUCUUCUUCUACCUCAACAACUGCCGCACCCGCGCUGAGGAGUGCCAUGACGCAGGUAAUCCGACCCAAGCGAAGAGUCACAUUCAGCCAUCGUCAGGAGAAGACCGAAUUCGCUCGCGACGAACCCACACUUCGUCUCAACAGCUCGAGGAGAGAGCAAGUGUCGCCGCCUUCGACGCCUGCUAGUUCUUCGAUUGCAAGUGCCGGCUUUGCCUCUUACAUCCAGUCCCAAGGCGACGAAUCCAGCUCAGACAGCGACAGCGACAGCGAGAGUGAGUCGGAAUCCGAUAUGGACUUGGACGCUUCCGACGAGUUAGCUGCGAGGUCGCUCGCUGCCUCGAUCGCAGCCUCGCUGCCACACGAUGACUCGACCAUGGAUGCCUCCCCAGAUGCAUCCACCGACAUGAGCAAUGUAUCCGCCUCGGACUCGAGCGCUAACAUGGAGUUGACAGGCACCCACGGCUCGGUCAACAAGCGACCCAGCGCAGACACUUCUGACGACCAGGAUUCGACUCUGGAUGCUGGAGCAGACGAUUCUACACAGAUGGACAUCACGCAGGCCAUGUCAGCGGCACCGGCGCUGAAGCGCAGACGAAGCAGCAACACCGCAGCCGAUAUCUCGGCGUCCACCGAUGGCUCGCGAUCCGCGCAGAUGGGUGGAGAUGCUUCUGCCAUGGAGCUGGAUCAAACCGCCACCAUGGAGUUUACUGGGAUUCAUUCGCUCGCACGGAACGGCGACGACAGCUCCGUUGACUCUGACAGCAGCGAUGGCGGCGAUGGAAUGGAGAUGACAAAGGCGAUCACUACGAAGAUCGAAGCGAAGCGCAAUGGCGACGCCACGACCACCAUUAUCACUGACUUCCCCGAGCUCAGCAGCAGUGAUUCAGAAGGCGAUGACACCAUUCAGGCCGACGCGACCAUGCCCAUGGAGAUGACGCGGGUAGUCACUGGCUCCAUCCACGAGAAGGACCAUGCAUCGAGCGAUAUGGACCUUGUUGACUCGAGCUCAAACAAAGGCUUUGAACAAGCCUCGUCCGAUGAUGCGUCGAUGGCUAUGGACAUGACCAUGUCAAUCGGUCGCUUUGCUGAGUCCAACACCUCGCCAAGCAAGCCUGUUCGUACGCCAUCUCAGUCGCCGCUCAAGUUGGGCGCGGGAGCGCCGAGCCCAUUCCAGCCGACACCUGGCAAGUCACCAAGCCGUUUCCGACAAUCGCUUCGUGGAGGCAUGGCUGCUCUUGAGACGAACGCUCAUUCUCCCGCCCAGCGCAUCGGAGGUGCUCUGCCACCAAAGGGACACGUGCCACAUGCUAAUCUAUCGACUGACACGACAUCGUUCCGCCGAUCCAUCAUCGGCGGUGUUGCAUCACCAGUCUACCAGCAUUCUUCUGCUAGGCGAGUACAGUCGCAAGAAGCAGCGAGUGCAACGGCUGGGGCUCCACUCACGGCCGACAACUUGGCAGAGGCUGGCCGCCUGACCGCAGGUCGAGCUUCGAGUGCAUCCCCUUCCAAGCCUAAACCAUCAGCGGCAGCAUCUCUUGCAGGCCAGCGUAAAUCGCUGAGCAGCGUUGCUCUGGCAUCUUCAUCGCGCUUCUCCCCUUCCAAAGUAGCGAGUCCUAGGCGUCGAGCUGGUCGCUCGUCGCUUGUUGCUGCUGUGCUUCCAAAUCUCUUGUCCGAGGCAUCUACAAACGACGACUCCUUCCACUCUGCAGUCGAACACCGUGCAAGGCAUGCUAUCGGAGCAAGCAGUGAACCCCAGGACAUUUCGCUUGCUCCCUCUGCUGCAUCUGACAUUGGCGUGGGCCUGGACAGCUUUGAUGACUACAGCAACGACGAGCGCCACCAAGUACCCGUGCAGAUGCCGCUCAACGACUUCCUUCGCUUCGUUGGCGUCCAUUUCAACGAUGACAUGAGCGCAUCGCGACGCAAACCUGUGCCGCCCGCCAGGUCUGAACAAAGCGCAGAGAAUGGUGCUUUGAACGAGUCGCCGGCACCGGUCUCGAUGAUGCGCCUUGUCAAGGCAGCCUGCGGAGCUGUUCCCCAGCUGGAGGCGCUCCGUGAAGCGUGCCGCGAGAUCAAGGAGCAAGUAGAUGAUGGACGAGAGAAGAUGGUUGAGAUGGAGCAGGCCUUCUACGACUCUCCGCCUGACUUUGUCCGCGAGAUCAUGGGCUUGCAAAAUGAAGAGGAGCGACGAGAUAUGGAGGCACAGUUCAAGCUGCAGAAGCAAGCUGCACGUGCCCUUGUCAGCGCCGACUACUACGGCUGGCGACUCGACAAGGAAUUCGACCAAGAGAUGAUCCAAACCCUGCAAGCAUAUCACGGCAGACUGCAAUGCGAUCUGCACAUUGUCGACACCAAGAAGCAGCAGCUACAGCAAGAGAUACUUCCCGUGCUGCGGGCUAAGCACGCCAAGCUCAAAGCCGAUCUUGCACUGGCCAAGAAGCGCCAGGCCGAGAUCGAGACGUGCGAUGCGGAAGAGCUCAAGGGUCUCUACUCGAGUAUUGAGGAGCAGCACGAGGUGCUCGAGUCGAUGCGAGCCAAAUUGAUGGACGUCGAGGAGCAGCACGAGCGCUUGUUGGUCCGACUGGAGGAGAACCGCGAGAAGAUGGCAGCAGCUCAGGAGAUGGUGGAUAAGGCUCAUGCUACUGUUGACCAGAUUCAAGGCUAUACUCGCGGCGAGGCAGGACGACUGCUGCGUGAGAUCCGCAACCUGGAGAAGUUGCACCUCGUACGCAUCCUAGACAAUGGCUUCGAUCCCAGUCUCGACGAGGUUGAGCAAGGAGCAGAGGGUGUCGAUGUUGGCGGCAAUCGCGAUGUUGUGCUGAUCCUAGAUGGCUGGCUCCAGGUCUCCAUGUCGCUGCUCGCCAGCAGCAUGAGCAGUCAGCUGCCGAACAACAGCAAAGUCUCGCGCAUUCAGCUCAAGCAAAAAGGCACACGAUCCAGCAACGACGACACCAACCUCGUUCGCAAGCUUGCGGUACAGAUUCUGCAAGGCGAGUUCGACGUCGAGUUUGCUGAUGGCGUGCCGCAGGAUGCACUUGUCAUCUUGCGCCGGAUCUCACAGACGUUCAUCCGACAACGGAUCCUGCUGGCGGAGAUCGAGCACCUUCGUUGUCGCUUCCCGGUGCAGCUGCUCGAUGGUGUUGUCAAGCGAUCGCGCACGGUCCUGAACGGAACGCAAGACGCUUCCACCAGCUCUUCUUCGGCGGCAGCGGAUGGACAGGACGACAACGAGGUCGCUCUGCAGGCAUCCAUACUGCUGCCCAACAAGAAAAGCAAGAUCGUCAUCACGGCCACGUCCGAUCUCAAAGGCGUCGGAGAGAGCCGUUCGAUCUUGUUGGCCGACAGUGUGCAAGUGGAGCGUGUGUAUGGCAGUGUCGAUACCGAGGCUAUGUCUUUGCAGAUCCUGGACUGCAUCGAGACGGACCCUACCAUCGGUUCGCUAAGCAAGGCUUUCAUUGAAACGAUCGAGACUUUCGAUAGCUGA